AUGACGGACACUCACAAGAUGGUCAUCAACUUAGCACUCUUUGGCAGGACUCAGAGUGGAAAGAGUUCUGCUGGGAACAUUCUCCUGGGAAGUACUGAGUUCCACAGCAGCUUUUCUCCCUGUGGUGUCACCGAGGACUGCAGCCUGGGCCGCAGCUGCUGUCUCCACAGCUUCAUGCGCCGAGCAGGGCAGGAAGUCACCCUGCAGGUGCAGGUGCUUGACACUCCAGGUUACCCACACAGCAAGCUAAGCAUGGAGCAGGUGAAGCAGGAGCUCAAGAAGGCCCUGAAAGCUCACUUUGGGAGAGAGGGUCUCCACCUGGCACUGCUGGUCCAGAGAGCAGAUGUGCCUUUCUGCAGACAGGAAGCUUCCUAUCCAGCCCAACUCAUCCAGGAACUUCUGGGACAUGCUUGGAAGAAUCACACUGCUGUUCUUUUCACUCAUGCAGAAAAAAUAGAAGAAGCUGGGUUCAGUGAAAAUGAGUACUUACACAAGGCCUCUGAUACCCUGCUAACCUUACUAAAUUCUGUACAGCAGAGAUAUGUUUUCCAAUACAAAAAAGCAAACUCCUUUAAUGAACAAAGAAUGAAAAUCUUAGAAAGAAUUGUGGAAUUUAUAAGAGAAAAUCAUUACCAAGUUCUUACCUUCAAAUAA